AUGGGGAGAUUCGAUCGCCAGGCCCAAUCUCAGCCGAAACAUGGCCGCCCCUCGGUGAGCAGCGCAUCAAAAGCCCCGGCACCUCCGCCCACCAGUCGGCCGUCAUGGACAGGAUCGGGCUACUCAAAGAAGGCGGCGCCUCGGAAACCUGCGUCCUCUUCUGCGAUGUCAGCGCCGGCCCCGACUUUGCAGAGAAACAUUCUCCCGGUCGAGCUGCAGCAGCUCAUUCUUGACAUUUUCCGGGUCGCGUUCCCUGCCUCACAGGACUUUGCGGCAUUAAAAGCACUGUUGACCCAGAUCAAUGAUGCGUUACUCCAAAAGUCUUUUGAGACGGCGUUUAGGACAGAGCAGUUCAGGGAAGGCUACGCAAUUCGAUGGAGCCCCAGCCGUGCAUUGGCCUACUCGAAUAUACUCGCGCAGAUUUGCGAUGACCAUGGAGACAGUCCUUGGGUGAAGAGACUACUUGGAAAUGGCACUGCUGGGCCGGUUAAGGUGCUCUGCUUUGGCGGUGGUGCUGCAGAGGUGAUGGCGUUGGCCGGAGUGCUUCGAUGUAGGCGAGAAGAUGCAGCAGGCAAGCCGGAUGCCGUACCAUCGGGUGAUUCUGGAGCAUCGCCUGAGGAGAAGCUGCUACAGGCAGCAUCUUCUUCUCCCCUCAGUGCUCCUCUUGUCGACCUUCACUUGGUUGACGCUGCAGACUGGUCCGAGGUCAUUUCCAAACUCUGCGCAGGCCUGACAACGGCCCCUCAGCUGUCCAAGUAUGCCAGCGCUGCGGCUCGCACCAUGAAUGCAUCUUUCCUUUCGCCACGGGCUCUUGCAACACAUUUCACCCAGACUGACAUUCUAGGCCUAACGGCGGAGGAUCUACAGGCCAUGAUGGGAUCAGAGGUUACGCUAAUUACCCUACUUUUCACCCUCAAUGACCUUUAUAACACCUCGAUUCGGCGUGCCACAAGUUUUCUGCGGAAAUUGAGCACACUCGUGCCGAAAGGGUGUCUGCUUUUGGUAGUUGACGCUCACGAAGCUAUGGCCUCGGCAAAAGGCGCCGAGGGUGAAGCGGAAAAGUUGUACGCCAUGAGCUGGCUCUUAGACAAAGCCUUAUUACCAGCUCAAGUCACGGUCGAGGAUGAACCCAUCUCGGAAAGUCCAUGGGAGAAGCUCGUUGAUGACACAAACAGACUGUGUAGACUCCCAGACAAGGGGCUUGGUUAUCCAGCGGGCUUGGAAAAUUUGAAGCUACAGGUCCAUCUAUUCAGGCACUUGUAG